UGUUUCAUCAAAAUCGACAAAAUCAUCAAAGCGAUUCGCUAGUGCACGUGUUUUAUUCAAUAAAUAUAUAUUUGAAUAGCCAAGGAGCGUGUGUUUUGUUAAACUAGUUUUUGUAUCAAAUGAAUACUUGAAUAAUAACACAAUGGCAACGACCUCGCUAGCCGAGCAGCUGCAAAAAUUAGCAGCUCCACAAACUGAUGUUUACAAGGAGGACAAAAAAAAAGCAUCUUUACUAUUCGACCCAAAUGAUGCCGCUUUGAAGGAUCGAAACAUUUUCUACGAACUCGGUCUCAGCGGUCUGCAGGAACUCAUAUCACUAAACGCCAAAUUUGAGACUUUCGAGGAAACACUAUUCAAUAAGUCGUCUUUAGAUUUCGAAAGAGCUGUAGAAAGCCAGGAAGUAAACAAAAACUUGGACGCUAAUAUUGAAAAGUUUCUCAUAGAAUUGUCGCCAUAUUUACAACUACAGUCGGCCCAUAAGGCUCUAGAAUGGCUGGUGAACAGAUACAGUAUCCAUCAAUAUAAUGCAUUAGCUGUGUUAGCUUUGAUUCUUCCGUACCAUGAGACAUUAAUAUUUGUGCGUAUCGUCCAAAUUCUGAAGAUAGAUUCUGUUUCUAUACUCGUGAGGAAUUUGCUCCGAAAUGUGCAGAAGACUGGAGCACCUCUCUCAAAGCAGGCUUUGUAUAAAGAGUGUGUUUCUAACCCUGCCUUGUUAGGCUUCAUAUGUGAGAACACCUACAAAGCUGUCCAGGAAUUUGGAGAGAGAGCUACACAGCUGAACACCGUGUAUGCUUUCUGGUGUUCAACUGUUAUCGGCAUUAUUAACUCUGCUAAAAAGGUUACUGAACUUAUGCUCCCCCACAUCAUGAAAACUAUAAUGCCAGGUUUAGAUUCUUCUAUCCCUGAUUUUAAAUCUUCGUGCUUGGUAGUUCUUGGUUUUCUGUCUACCAAAACUACUUUCAAAUUGACUACAUUGAUAAAAAUUGUGGAUAAAUUACUGAACUCUGAUUUGAGUUACGACACAGUGUUGCUUAUAAACUUGAUGUAUAACAAUCAGCAAAAUUCGGGUAUGUCGUUGUUGUUAGACCCAAUACUAUAUAGUUUGUCGAACGACAUUGUGGGCACUCUCUGCAAGCAUUUGAAGAGGUUGAUUGAGAGCAAGAUCAAAGUGCACAGAUUUGUGUGUGCGUUCCUGAGUAGCACAGUGAACCAGUUGCUCAAGAACACGGAAGAGUUUAUGCUGUAUAGUGAAAUGCCACUUAUAUUAUUGGACAGCCUUGAUCUGACAAACCAGAAUCCUGAAAAAAUAAUUGAAAUUGCAAUCAUGUCUUACAAGGAACCAAAACAAGAAAGUAUGAAAGUUGACGAUGACAUCACCAUGGUAGAUGAAAGCUCCUUCUCAUUUAAACUACUCAACUGGUAUUCGCACUUCUUGAAAAGCAUCGAAAGAAAAUACCCAGAACACUUUGAUAAAGUGGUGAAACAUCAACUAAGUUUGGUUGACAAGAACUCUGUGAAAAUGAAUAGAAAACUUAUAAAAGUUCUAGGAUUUAAUCCGGCUGUAGCUCAUGAAAUCGGUGGCACCUUCCUUUUUGAAAACCUUACUCAUAUCAACCCAGAACGUAGGAUCCAAGCCAUGGAAUAUAUAGGCAAGGAAUUCAAACAUUUGAUAACAGAAAGCAAAGAGUUUGUCAAAGAUGCUCUGAUGGACAGACUUCACGAUUUAAAUUCUAAAGUAGUUGCCGCUGUUUUGAAAAUCCCAACUGAAAACUUGAAUGCUGUGUUUGAUGCCACGGAACUUACUGACGCAUUUACGUCGAUAUUAGAACAAGCGAGGCAUAAUUCAUGGAAACCUGUGAUACGUGAUGCUAUCAUGAGAUUGUGCGAAUUAGAUGCUUUACCUGUAAAUCAGGCUACCGUGGUUGCCUUGAUGCCAUACUUGUUUCCGUAUGACGAAGAUUCCGCUAAAGUGACUUGGCAAAUAUUGACUUCUAGUUGGGGAAAAAGGUUUGAAUUGACGAAAGAUCUUCAACUGAAAAAAUCAUACAGCGACAAUUGUGGGGUCUUAAUACAACUGGUGUAUAAUGAAUUGUUUGUAAAAAGAUCAACGAAGUUUGACUUCCUGGACCCAUUGCAACUAAAUAAAAAAAAUAUACUGGACAUUUCUAUUUAUCUGCUGCUGAAAUCCUGUUCCUUUGAAACAAUGACUGCCCAAGAAUUUUCGGACAUCCUGGCUUUAGUUCUAGAAUCCAUUCAGGGCAGAGAAAUAGUUCCAGUAACUAAAGGAGAAUUUUUUUCAGUGGAAAUGAUACCAAGUUUCAUAAAGGUUUCACAUCAGAACAAAAUUGUCUUUGAAGUCAUGGAGUACAUUUUCGGUAGAAUGAUUGAUGGUAUGGAGAUAAAAAUAAUGUCCAAGCCCUGGUGCGACCUUUGCAAAGACCCAAACACAAUACUCAUCAGGAGAUUAUACGAGAUUUUUAUAACCGGAUGUUCUCUCGAAGGCUACAGCCAUAAUUAUUCAAAGUUGCUUCAAAAGCUGCUUGAUAAAUCCUUUUCUGAUCCAAAAGAAAAAUUCGAAUUUAUCGUAAACUUUGGUUGUGGACAUAUUCUGUAUGCCAAUGAUCCUAACGACGUGAUCAACCCAGAACUCCAGCUGAAGAGUCUCAAACUACUCUACACCUUCAUACAGAUGCAGCAAAACGAGAAUUGGCUUUAUGACUCUGACGUCAUCAUGCUCAUGAUUAUAUUUAAUCUGAACAACCCGAUUUCUGUUAUUAGAUCUUACACCGUUGACAUGAUUGAGCUGUUACUGAAAACCAAGUCCCACAAAAACCAAAUAUAUGUCCAGCUCAUGAAAGGGUUACAUGACCAUAGAGAAGAAUUAAUAAUGGACCCUGAACAAAUAUCUCAAGUCCUCGAUACGCUCCUAACUCAGUCGGCAGAUAAAAUUUUCAGGAAGAAGUGCUUGGAUAAACUUCUAGGCAUCGUAGUUAAAGACACGCCCGCCCAUGUGUCCAGCGAACUGCUUAAGAUCAUGGCAAAUAUCAAUAACAUCCAGGCAUUCUCUAUAAUCAUUCCAGCCUUCAACAUGUUUGAACUUAUCCUCAAAUUGAACAAAGACAACCCGAAGUUCACGUUUGACGUCUACGAGUCUAAGAUCUUCAGAAACAUCUGCAGCCGAAUCAAUUCUGCCACAAUCUCGACAUUAUCUAAGCAAACUUUCUGGGACCCUGUAGCAUUCGCUCUGAGAGAAUACAGGGAAUGCAUUAUGGAGGAGGAUCAGACGUUUAGAAGCCCGUGUGUGUUGAUAAUGAAGCAACUUGAUGAAGAAUCUUUUAAGAAGGUUCCCGAAGAAAGGAUAAAAGAUUUGGUUAAUUUGAUCGCGGCUGCUGGUACUUUCAGUAACAACCCUCUUAUUUCAAGCGCCGCUGCUAAAGUAGUGCGAAAGAUUCACUUGAAUUUCGCCGAUUUCCAACCUAUACUCGAGAAAAUGCUGAAUGCGGCUGAUCCCGGUGCCGUCAGCCAGAAGAAGAAAACUGCCUCUGUCUCGAUGAUUUCUUAUCGACUGACAGAAACAGAGGAAUGGCGUUUAGGAGUCACUAUGCUGGAAUAUGUACAGAAUAAAAAGAGAAUGACCGUGGACAACACUUUCGUAACAACCUUGUUUCAAGUGUUGAACAAAUGUUUGCGGUUCGAAGAGCAGUCUUAUGUUGAGUACCCAAAGCAGCUGGUGUUGUCAUCUCUGUUUUAUUACUGCAAGAAAUUUGUCGAUGAUACGGACAAAGAUCAACUGAAGAGUCUUAAAUCCAUGUUUGAUAUUGAACUAGUCGUGCAAUGUAUUCGUGGCACGCAGAACCCUCAGACUCAUCACCACGCGUUGAUACUGCUGACUCACGCCGCGUACAUGCUUCCAGAACAAGUCCUGCAUCACACGAUGGAGAUUUUCACUUUCAUGGGCUCGUCGGUUUUGAGGCACGACGAUGCUUACAGCUUCCAAAUCAUAAUCAAAAUUAUCGAAACCCUGAUACCGAUUUUGGUGAAACUCGAUAGACCUGUAGAGGAGUACAGUGAGAAAGAGUUGCAACAGUUGCAGAAGCGCGUCGUGCCCGUGCUGCGCAUAUUUGCUGACGUCGUGCUGCAUGUGCCGGAACAUAGGAGGUUGCCCCUUUACAAGAAACUGAUGGAGACUAUUGGACCUAACCAGUUCCUGUGGACGUUCCUCGCUCUCUUGCUGGAGACGCACGUCGCACACUUCAACGAAGAAAAGGAGAAAGCAGACAAGCGUCCUAAAUCCCUAGCUGAGAGAGAAUCUCCGAUGAACAGACUCGAUUUCGGACAAAACCUUCUGUUAGAGUUCUCCCCAGAAAUCUGCAUGGAGACUUUCAUUAAAUUGAUGGCAUAUGCCAAAACCCUGCCACUGCAGAAAGAUGAAAAUGCCAUGGACACGAAUGUCGACCCGACAGAAAUAUUCAGCGUGAACGGACAUCGACCAAAUCAGCUCAGACAUUACAAAUAUAUCAUUAUUACCUUCAUGAACAGCUUCUUAGCUUCAUCGAGAUUCAUCCAUCACAGCAGGCAGGCGACUGACAUUAAGACAAUGGAGACACAUUACAAAACAUUCAUUAUUAAUGUUCUGACAUUCAUCCAAAGUAUUACCAAAAUCACGGAUGAGAAAACCGUCAAGUAUUACAGAGUUAUGUUGCACCACAGCUAUGAUUUGUUGGACCAUACGAACAAUUUGCUAUCCCCGCCCAUGUUCUUAUCAGUCGUCAGAGGUUUACUGAAACACACCCUGCAGACAGUCAGAAGGAAGUCCAUGGAACUGCUAAAUAACAAAAUCCAACAUAACGCUGAAAUGUUCAAGGGUGUCAGUAAAGAUUUGGUUUAUUCUUUAUUGCCUGCUCUGGUCGACAUCGUCAAAACUAUCGACGUUACAAACGAAGAAGGGAAUAAAUUGGUCGCUCAAGAUAUGGAACUGAAUCAACAGACUGCUCUUCUCUCCUUGAAGUUGUUAGCAAGAAUGCUGGCGGAGACCGAACCUGAAGAAUUUGGGUCCGUGCUUGAAACUGUUACUGAGUACACAUGCAGACCAAACAUUUCCAGCAAUGUUAUGGCAUCGGUCGUCUUAACAUUAGCAGAGUUGUGUGCCAACAUGAAGGCGUACGCUUUACAAUACCUUCAUAAAUUCAUGCCGGCGCUCAUUAAAGUACUAAAACUACAGCGUAAAGCGGAAACACCAGAAUUAGUCUUGUUAAGCACAGUGACAUCGCUAGCGAAGAUUAUAGAAAGCCUACCUCUAUUCCUGAGUCCGUAUUUACAGAAGAUUUUAUACGAGUACGCAAUAUUGCUAGCGAAAUGGCAAUCUUUUGAUCAGGAGUGCGCAAAAGUGUCAGCGAUAGUUACUAAGUUGAUGGCUGUUAAGAAGAAGAUAGCUAGUUCGAUUCCGCCGAGAGUGUUGAUUCCUGUUGCUAAUGCGAAUUAUCAAUUGCUUUUGGACAAGGAGAAGUAUGAUGCUGUUGGUCCAGUGAUGGCAGUGUUGGCUGAAAGCUUUGCUAAUAUAACUUCGAGUGAUUUCACAGCAUUGCAGCAAGAUUUGACGGCGUUAUUUUUGGCGGCUCUGCAGUUACGAAGCGACUCUGUGGAUAAAGCAGAUGACUCGACAAUAGACUCCGCGGAGGAGGAGGUGGUGAAUGCCUUAGUGAGUCUAGUGCUGAAGUUGUCUGAGACUAGCUUCAGGCCGUUCUAUUUCAAGAUAUAUGACUGGGCGAUAAGGACUAAUGUUGAAGGGCAGAGGGACAGAGCUAUCACUUUCUAUAGGGUAAGCAGCGCGAUCGCAGACAAGCUAAAAGGCCUAUUCGUGCUAUUCGCGGGCCACUUCAUCAAAAACGCAGCCGAACUCCUCGAUUCCUGCAACAAGAGCAAAACCGAAGACCUAUACUUCGACUCCGAGGAAAAAUGCAUUACGCUCAUCAACUAUAUUAUUAAGACUUUGCACAUAGUUUUCUUAUACGACAGUCAAAACUUUUUGAAUAAGGACAGAUUUGAGACGUUGAUGCAACCUGUAGUGGAUCAGUUGGAGAAUGAUUUGGGUGGGAUAGUGAGCCUUAAGGAGAGGGCCGGAGAGUGGUUAGUGCCGUGCGUGGCGCAGUUUGCGGUGGCGACGGCCGACGAUUCCUUGUGGAAGCUGCUGAACUACCAGGUGCUGCUGAAGACGAGACAUAAUGAUGCCGAGAUAAGGUUGCUAGCCCUGGACUGCCUGGUUGCCAUGGCAACGCAGCUCGGCAGCAGCUGGCUCCCACUCCUAGCCGAGAGCGUUCCCUUCCUUGCCGAACUUCUAGAAGAUGGCGACCCCAAGAUCGAGACUACCACGAAGGACGCCAUUCGGAAACUGGAGACCAUACUUGGGGAGCCGCUUGAGAAAUACUUUUAGUUUUUAAGAAUAAUAAAAUAACACAACAAAUGUUUUUGUAAAACUUUGUUAGUAAAAGAAGUAAACAAUC